AUGCUCAUCAGCACAGCUUUCUUCAUCCCUUACUGGGCUACUUUCAACUCCAAGGCUGGUGCCCACUGGUACUCGCGCGCCUUCCUCGGUGCUUUGGUCUCCUACGGUGUUGUCGUCUACAAGUCCUUCCCUCAAAUCAAAUUCGAGGCCCAGUUUUUGCAGAGCAUGCUCGUUGAGGAAAACGUCCAGUACUUCUUGAUGGCUGUCUUCUGGUGGAGAUCGACCCCCAUGAUCGCUCCUCUGGUCCCCUACGCCGUGUUCGCCUUCUUCAACGCCAUCAACUAUACCAGGACUAGCAUCCUCCCCGCCAUCUUCCCUGCUGGCAGCACCGACCCCAAGGCCUCCCACGCCGCCGGUCUCUCGCGCAAGAUCCAGACCUGGAGCGAAAAGAACCAUGGACCUGCCAUGGCCCUCGUUGCCUAUGUUGAGGUUAUUGGUGUCAUGGGCUCGUUGAUCCUUGGAGCCAUUACUUUCCAGUCGUCGUUCUUGUCGCCUAUUGUGUAUGCCAACUUCUUGCGUUUCCGUUACUUCUUCUCGAUCCACACCCGCAACGCCUUUGCUGUGAUCCGCGCCCGUCUGGAUGCCAAGGUUGUCGGUAACCCCAAGGUUCCCCCCCAGGCCCUCAAGGCCUACGAGAUUGCCCGUGGAGCCAUCACCCGCUUCGGAAUGGCUGCCGUCCAGCAACCCGCUACCCCUGCUCAGUAA